AUGAAACUUAAAAAAAUAUUAAUUAUUUUUAAUUUUUUGUUAUUAAUUAAUUUAAUAUCACAGUGCUUAUGUAUUCAUGACUUAAGCAAAGGGGAUAACACAGAUUCAUUGAAAAAAAUUAGGAAAGAAUUAGAAAAAAAAAAAAAGCAUAAAAUAAUUUUGGGUAGUGUUUUAGGAGGAUUAGCACUAGCAUUAUCUAUAGGACUUGGAGUAGCAUUUAGUGGAAAAAAGAAACAUAGAAAUAAAAGCUAUGGUGAUAGUCCUGAUAAUGAAUUUAGUAAAAAAGGUGAAUUUAGUAAAGAAGAUGAUUUUAGUAAAGAAAGUGAAUCAAAGGAAAGGAAUGAUAAUUCUUAUUUUAACCUAACACCAAAUAAGAAACCAUAUGAUUAUUAUAACUUUAAUUAUGACGUUGAAACGGGAUUAAAUGAAUUUUUUGAUGAAUCUCUUGCAGGAGAUAUUCCCAACAAAACUUAUGAGGAAAUGAGGAGUUUUACAUUUAACGAAUUGCAGAACCAUUUUAAUUAUUACGGUCCACAAUAUGAGCAUCUUAUACCAUAUGAAUAUGAAUCUAUAGGAGUAAGUAUUCGAGAUAUAUUAUUACAGAAUGGUAUAAAAGCUUCUGAUGAACAAGUGAAACAAUUAGAAAAAGAAGCGCUUUCACUAUAUCUUAAUACAGGUAAUUUUGAUCCAAUUGGUGAAUUUUUAUAUAUUGAUGAAACCCGACUUUUUUGA